UCCCUUUCAGGUGAGGUCCCAGAGAAGAGCCAGAGUCUUUAAUUCUAACUUCAUGUUCAGUCCCAGGUGUUAUCCAGUUUUGGGCAGGAUGGUGGUGAAAACGAUUAUGUUACUUUUUCAAAUCUUGGCCAUUUCAACCUUCAAGCAAGGUUCAGCUGACGUUCCUGACGGAUAUGUAGAAGAGAAUGUGGCUUUAAGUGGGAAGGCCACUCAGUCAGAACGACUACGCAAUGAAUGGGCAGCUUUCAGCUCAGCUGGCAAUGCCAUUGACGGAAACCGAGAUUCUAAUUUCUAUCAUGGAUCCUGCACCCACACCACAAACAGUCCCAACCCCUGGUGGAGGGUGGAUCUGCUGCAGGUGUACACAAUCGCCUCCGUCACCAUCACCAACAGAGGAGACUGCUGUGGAGAAAGGAUCAGUGGAGCUCGCAUCCUCAUCGGCAAACACCUGAAGGACAACGGCAUCAAUAAUCCACAGUGCAGCGUGAUUGGCUCUUUGGCAACAGGAGAGACUAGAACCUUCCACUGUCCAUAUACAAUGACGGGACGCUACGUCACAGUGUACCUCCCAAAAACAGAAUCCCUUCAACUCUGUGAAGUGGAAGUGAAUGCUCUGCUUUCUGCCAACUGAAAAUUUUUCUAAGCAGUGCUUUGAAAAUUUGUUUGCAUCUACAACUACUCAUUGCUUUAUAGCCAGUCUGUUUAGAAAUGCGGGUAAAGAAAUCAAUUUAACUAUUUUGGGAUUUGGGAAUCAUGCUGCCAUUUUACUAUAUUUCCAUGUUUUCAUGUACAGAAAACUUGCUGAAGUUCUACUUGUCUGCUUUCUGCAAGUUCAUUUAUUGACUGAUUUUCUUUGUAGUGCAUCAAAUAAACAUCUCAUUUAAAGCA